AUGUUAUUUUCCGCGUCAGCAUCCGCAUCCGCAUCCACGUCAGCAUCCACGUCAGCAGCCACGUCAGCAUCCACGGCAGCAUUUGCAGGAAAUUCGGGAGGGCCUGUUCCUCCAGCUAGGAUCGACCUAGCUGCUGCACCCAGAGGCACGUUUGACCCCACUGAUGAGAAGCUUCGAGCUGCUGCCACCACGUUUGAACGCGCCCUUACUGCUUCCACUGUGGAGGAGGAGGAGGCGCUAUGGACGGUGGUGAUUGAAUCGUGCGAGCGGGCAGGCAAUGCCGAGUGGGUGCCGGACAUUGCAUCGAGGGCGCUGGGCAAUCGAGGCAACGCGCGGUCAAGGCAGGGCAGACUGGUGGAGGCUCUUGGGGACUACAACGCUGCCAUUGCCUACACUCCCUAUGCAGUCGACCCAGUCCUCAACCGAGGCGUGGCCCUGGAGUCGCUGGGACGCUUCCAGGAAGCUGCGGCGGACUACUCUGCAGUGCUGGCAGUGGCGCCCAACGACCCUGCAGCGUGGAACAACCUCGGGAACGCACAGGCGGGUGUGGGGGCGUGGGGGGAUGCAGUGGAGAGUUACAGGCGGGCAAGCAUGCUGGCGCCUGCAUUCUCCUUUGCUGCUGCCAACUAUGCUCUCGCACUGUACGAGGUGGGAAACGACAACGCUGCCAUCAAACAGAUGAGGAACCUUCUCCGAAAGUACCCUGAGUUUCCCGACAUGAGGGCAGCACUAGCAGUGGCACUCUAUGCAGCGGGGCUGAGAGCCGAAGCUGAGAACGCCUGGAGCAGAGUCGACGAUGGGCGUUACCGCGACCGCGAGUGGGUGAGCGAGUAUCGCCGCUGGCCCCCUCGCCUCGUUUCAGAGCUAGCUGCCUUCCUUGACCUCAAACCAGUGUAG